AUGGUGGAAGAGGAGACAGUCGCAGAAUACAAGAACUUCGAUGUGGAACGUGAACAGAUUGCACAGAACUUGGCCGAUUUGAAGGACAAGUCGACGAAAGGAACAAUCGACGAACCCAUCCGGCCUUUUCUAGACCUGAUCAACGCCCAGCCCGAUUGGAUCUCCACAAGCACCUGUAGCGGAAGAUUGGCGAGCUACCUUCCCGGCGUGUCGGCCGAGGCGACUUCAUCCGAUCGAUCCGAUCCCUCUCAACCAUCUUCCCAACCCGUUCGUUCGGCGGUCAAUGGAAAAGGUGGCGGAGCUUGGCUCUUUGUGUCCCAUUCAACUCUGGAGACAGAUCAACUGGCGGAUCCGAUCGGGACCCUCUUCGGCGACAUCUAUCGAGUCGAAUCCUCACCUAAUCCCGAUAGCUGGGCUUGUGAUAGCUCAUCGGUGGUCGUUCAUUUCGUCUAUCAACCACCAGUAUUCCAUCUACUGGCCAGAUCCGUUGCGGUUGCGGUCCCGAUUUUAACAGCAGCCAUUGGAGCUGGUUACCGAAACUCUGGAAUUACUGUCGGACAUCGUGGACGAGUCAUCCUCGCGAUCCGUGCAAGUACUGGUGGUUUGGAUGUUCCGAUUGCCAUCAAGAAGCCUGCACCUCAUCCCACUGAUCAAGCCCCAGAAGUCAAGAGCACACUGCAGUUAUUGGUCUCGGUCGAUUAUCUAUCCAAACUGCUCCUUGAAGGUCAUCGCCUGAUGAAACAGAAUGAGGCAAAGUUACGGAGGCUAUUGGAGGCCUUAACGACCUCAUUUCAUCCUCCAUCCUUGAAAUCAGUCAGCCAAUGGGAGUCAGCCGAAGAUAGACGUGAACGGAUGAGAUCGGAGGGGUUGGCCGCUCGGGAAGCAUCUCUAGCUUCUCAAUCUACUAACCCAGCUCUCGCUAGUUCUCUCACUUCAGAGAAUGAGGACAUCCCUGAACUUUCCCUAAUAGAAUGA